AUGACGAAGAGAUACGGCGGUGAGAGGCAAGAGCAGAGGGGAGGGGGCAGGAUGGCGCCGCUGUCGGUCUGUCGUCAUCGUCGGCCAAGAGCUGGGCGCAGCAGAUCAGAUGGUGCUGCCGGAACGUGCUGCUCCUACUUCCUUGUCCCAUCGAUUCUCGGUUUGGAGACAGUUUCAUCCUCUCUGUAUAAUCUGAACCGAGCGGCGCAAGUGGCCUUCCCCGGCGAAGAGAUACUGGCGAGAGCUAAGAGCUUCUCCUAUGCCUUCUUACGAGAGAAAGAAGCUGCACACCAGCUGCUCGACAAAUGGAUCAUCACCAAGGAUUUGCCCGGGGAGGUAAUUUAUGCUCUGGAUUUCCCCUGGUACGCGAGCCUGCCUCGCGUUGAGGCAAGACUCUACUUGGAGCAGUAUGGAGGGGGAAGUGAUAUUUGGAUUGGCAAGACUCUCUACAGGAUGCCUCUGGUAAACAAUGAUAUGUAUUUGGAGUUGGCUAAGUUGGACUUUAACCAUUGCCAAGCUCACCAUCAGCUGGAGUGGCUCUAUCUUCAAAAGUGGUACGAGGAGGCAGGCCUUGGAUGGCAUGGUGUGAGCAGAAGAACCCUGUUGGAGGACUUCUUCUUAGCAGCCUCUUGCAUAUUCUAA